AUGGCAGUCGACUGUCCCAUCUGCAACAAGCCCGUCAGAUGCUCCGAAAUCAACAGCCACAUCGACUCUGGCUGCACGAGCUUCGUCGUGGACAAGGACCCCGGGCCCUCGCCGCCGCCGACGUCGCAGCAGCAGAACGGCGCCUCGCACACGCCCACGCCCUCGCAGCGGAAGCGCAGCGCGUCGAGCUUCUUCUCGACGCCGGCGCCGAAACGAGCACACCCGGACGGCAAGGCGGCGGACCGCCCCGUCGUCGGCGGGACGUUGCCGCCCGUGAUUGGGAAGAAGCGCAGCUUCGAGGAAGGGCCCGGCGCCGACGACGACGGCACGGGCCCGGGACCCUCGGCCGCUGAGCGCGGGACGAGCCAAGACGGCGAGCCAGACGGCCACGGGCAAGUCGCGAAGCGGACCAGGACGGUCCGCCCCGCGCCGCUGGCCGAGAGGAUGCGGCCCACGACGCUGGACCAGGUGUGCGGGCAGGACAUUGUAGGACCCAACGGCGUGCUGCGCGGCCUCAUCGAGGCGCGGCGCGUCCCGUCCAUGAUACUCUGGGGCGCGUCGGGGACGGGCAAGACGACCAUUGCGAGGUGCAUCGCCCGCGCGGUCGGCAGCCGCCUCGUCGAGGUCAACGCCACGAGCGCGGGCGUGGCCGAGUGCAAGAAGCUCCUGCACGAGGCGGCGCGCGAGCUGGGCCUCACGGGGCGCGCGACCGUCGUCUUCUGCGACGAGAUGCACCGCUUCAGCAGGGCGCAGCAGGACGUCUUCCUCCAGCCCGUCGAGGCGGGGACGGUGACGCUGAUCGGGGCGACGACGGAGAACCCCUCGUUCAGGAUCACGGGCGCGCUGCUCUCGCGCUGCCGGACCUUCACGCUGCAGCCGCUCACGGCCGAGGCCAUCACGGGCAUCCUGCGGAGGGCGAGGGCGGCGGAGGCGGAGGGGGCGGAGGGGGCGGAGGCGGAGGCGGCGGCGCACCCAGCCGUCGACGACGACAUGCUGGCCUACCUGGCGCGGCUCGGCGGCGGCGACGCCCGCGCGGCCCUGAACCUGCUCGAGCUGGCGCUGUCGCUGGCGGCGCGCGGCGGCGACGCCCUCACCAAGCACGACGUCAAGGCGUCGCUGGCGCGGACGCUCGUCCACGACGGCGGCGGCGACCAGCACUACGACUGCAUCUCGGCCUUCCACAAGUCGGUGCGCGGCGGCGACCCCGACGCCGCGCUCUACUACCUCGCGCGGAUGCUGCAGUCGGGCGAGGACCCCCUCUUCGUCGCGCGCCGCAUGGUCGUCAUCGCCUCCGAGGACGUCGGGCUCGCCGACAACGCGCUCCUCCCGCUCGCCGUCGCCGCCUACACGGCCACGCAGCAGAUCGGCAUGCCCGAGGCCCGCAUCCCCCUCGCCCACUGCGCCGUCGCCCUGUGCCUCGCCCCCAAGAGCACCCGCGCCUACCGCGGCCUCAACAACGCCUGCGCCGCCCUGCGCGAGCCCGGCGUCGCCGCCCUCCCCGUGCCGGCGCACCUGCGCAACGCCCCGACCCGCCUCGCGCGCGACCCGGGCCUGGCCGCCGGCCUCGCCCCCGACUACAAGUACCCUCCCAACUACCGCGACGGCAGGGUCCGCCAGGCCUACCUCCCCGCCGAGCUUGCCGGGCGCACCUUUCUCGAGGAGCGGCAUCUCGGGACCGAGAUCGACCCCGACCUGGUCAUGGACGAGGCCGAGUAG